AUGACAUGGUUAACAAAUCAAUUGGCGACAGCUGCUGGAUGCGCCCAUGCGUGGGCGCAUCCAUGGACCGACGCGCUCGAGAAGCGCGUAUGGCAAGUCCUGUUCCUGCUUGCCAUUACCCACAUAGCAAAGGGCCGACUACGCAACCUCUGGAAGUGGCUGAAGGGCGGCCUCAGGCCCCUCAUAGUGGUUGGAUGUAUCCCGCUCGUCAUUUCGAUGUGGCGAGCGAGCACCCACCUGGAAACCGCCAUCCAGCAGGUCAGUAUCUCCAUGGCAACCCUGGUAGCAACAAAGGUACUAGAAAAUGUAGGUAACAGGAGAGAGCACGACAAGACAAGGACGGCCUCAACGUCCGAGACGGAUGACCUCACCCAACGGGUUGCCAAGCUGGAACGCUCACAGCAGGCGACCAGACACUCAUCAGCUAGGGAGGGCCCACCUACCGUCAGCGCAUACGCGGCACAAAAUCGAAGGACAGAAGCAAGACCAGACCGAGUGAGGAGAGCAGAGAGAAACGACGAAAGACAUCAAGAGCACGAACCCGCACUAGAAGAGGAAGAGUUCACACCCCUCGACCGCUGGCAGGACCACUCACCACUCGAACCACACACAAGAAGGCCGCCACCACCGACCGUAGAAGACCUGACGCAGACGACACCGGUUACCGACAACCACACCCCGAUGGUAGCAGAGCCGCCACGAGACGCACCACCGACCGGAGAACCCCCUUUGGUCCGGUUAACCCAAUGCCAACAGUGUGGCGAAUGGGUCGGCCCGAAUCAUCGAUGUUGGGUCUCCAAGAAGAGAUUCCAGUGCUACAAGUGUGGCCAACCCAACCACCUGGCAGUAAUGUGUAAGAACCAAACAGGCAAGGUCGCAGUAACCGUCGAAGACGCCAGAGAUGUCACGGCCCUGUGCAAGGAGAUAGAGAGGUUAAGCCGUCGUGUCGAACAAAUUAGAAGCAAAAGUGAGGCAAACCAGGCAGCACAACGAAGCAACACACCAAGGUCAACAAACCCCAACGAGCACCCUUUUGGGGAAAGGCCGGUGCUACCAAACCAGGAGUGA